AUGUCCAACUACCGGAAUUACAACUAUCGGAAUUUCGAUGAUGUUUUUGAAUUUGAUCCUGACUGCUCGUAUGAUGAGGGCAUUGUCCAGGAAAUCGAUAAGGACAGGAAAGCCCUAGAAGGACUUUUUAUCGACAAGGUUAUGAAGGUCCUAGGAAUCAAGAGACCUGCAAGAUACUAUCCCCCGAAGACCAACGCCGAUCUACGGAACUUACACAAGGCGAUCGUGGAGGGCACCGGCGCGGAUAUACAUAAGCUCUCGGUUCUCUACUACCUAGUACUCAAUAUCGAUUUUCCUACUGGGACUAGAGACCAUUCUAUCGCCUUCGAAAGAAGAUGGUUUCUGCCGGGCAAGUACCAAAUAUACAUGAAGGGGCUAUGGCAUUUAGAUCGUCAAGAAUUUGAGGACGCGCUUGAAUACCUGACCUACCCAUCAUUAGUUCCCGAUUUCUCCGACGAGAUCCUGGAGGUGUUGGUACGGCGUUCAGACAACGAUCUGACCCUCCCCCUGGCGUAUUACUAUACCGUCCAACCAACCCUCAAAAGUCAGAGCGCCAUUGAAUGUCUAUUCUCAGCCAUUGCGAGACACAAUGUUACGGAAGCAUAUUAUUUCGCCCGGAGCCAGCCAGAGCAUACGCAGCGUCACAUGUUCGAAAUGCUCAUAUCUCUCGUUCUCCAUAACUCCCCGGCUCAAACCAUAGGGGACAGAAGUGCCGAGCUGGUCAACCUGCCGUUUACCAUCGAGGAGGAGGGCUGGUUUGAAGAGUAUCUUCUACAUGGUGAGGGAAGUGGUUUGAGAAAGGCUAAGGACACUGUGCUUUUCCGGCGGAUCGGGACCGGCAAAUUUACUGAAGCAUUGGCUAUGAAAGAUAUGAAGACCCGUCCAGUUGGUGGUUUGCACUGGAAUCACUUGACAAAGGCUGUGCAAGAUGGCUUGGGACCAAGAUUGGGAGUAUAA